AUGGGGUUAAAUUUAUUAUUUAUAGUAUCAGGUACAUUAAUAACAGGAGCAGCAAAUUCAUUAUUAACUAAAUUUCAAGAUAAUCAAUGUGUAAGGAAUUGUUCAUUUAAUAAUAAUAACCUACAAGAAGGAACAAAACCAGAAUAUUUUAAUCAACCUGGUAUACAAACUUUACAAAUGUUUUUAGGUGAAUUAUUAAUAUAUUUUGUUUAUUUAAUUUAUCGAUAUAAUAAAAUUAAGAAUAAUCAAAUUGAAUCUAAUAAUAAUGAAAUAAGUUGGUAUUCAAAUUUGAAAUUAGCAAUACCAGCAAUAUGUGAUUUAAGUUGUACAACUUUAUUAAAUAUUGGAUUAAUUUAUAUUCCUGUAUCUAUAUAUCAAAUGACAAGAGGUUCAGUUGUUUUAUUUGUUGCAAUUUUUUCAACUAUUUUUUUAAAAAGAAAAAUAUCAAAUUUUAAAUGGUUAUCAUUGAUAUUUGUAACAUUAGGUGUUUGUAUUGUAGGAUUAAGUGGAUCAUCAAAAAGUGGUGGUGAAGAAGGACAAAAAGAUAUAAAAAUGAUUAUAUUUGGAAUUUGUUUAGUUAUUGGUGCUACUUCUUUACAAGGUAUUCAAUUUGUAGUUGAAGAAAAUAUAUUAGAAAAAAAUCCAAUUAUUCCAUUACAAUUAGUUUAUAUUGAAGGAUUAUUUGGAUCUUUGAUAUUAAUAAGUUUAAUGAUUUUAUUAAAUUUUAUUUUCAAAUUUAAAUUAACUCAAGAAGAAUUUUUAAAUUCUCCUUUUAAUUUAUAUGAAUCAUUUUAUCAAUUAAUUUCAAAUAAAAUUAUUUUGGGUACAUCAUUUUUAAUAAUGUUAUCAAUAUCAAGUUUUAAUUAUUUUGGAUUAUCAAUAACUCAUCAAGUUUCAGCUACUGCAAGAUCAACUAUAGAUACUUGUAGAACUUUAUUAGUUUGGUUAAUUGCAUUAAUAAUAGGUUGGGAAUCUUUUAAAUUUUUACAAUUAAUUGGAUUUAUUAUAUUAGUAUUUGGUACUUUAUGUUUUAAUGAUGUUAUAACAGUUGAACAAUUUAAUUGGUUACCUAAUUGGUUAAAAGAAAAUGAUAAAAUAAGUAAUCUUGAAGAUGAAGAAUCAAGAAAUUUAAUAGAUGAAGAAAUUGAAGAAAGAUUAAUAGGUAAAUGA